AUGCUUAAACCAAUGGCUGAAACAAGGAAACCUGAAAAAGUUAUUGGAAUUGACUGGGGAGACCAAUUAGUUAAAGUUACAGUUAGUAAUAAAACUACAGAAAAUAUUAUAAAUAUGUAUUUUGGAGAUUUAGUAACUGAUCAACCACCAAAUGCAAUAACACUUAGUAAAGGUAUAAAAUAUCCACUUUAUAUUUCAACAACAAACUCUGAUACAAUUUAUAAUUUUGUUUAUUUAUCUUAUUCAUAUGAUGCUGAUAAAUUUAAUGGUUGUAAGAACUUUGUUGUUAGUCCUUUAUUUAGUGAUGAACAAAUCGAUUUUAAAGAAUAUGGAAAAAUUUCUCGUCAAAGUUUCUUUUAUAUUAUUCUUGAGUUCAUUAAAAACCAAACAAAUUGUGAAAUUGCUUACAUCUCUAUUAAAAAUUAUCAUAACGAUAAAUUUAGAAAAGACUUAGUUAGUGCUGCUCAAAAACUUCAUAUUAUUUGUUUUUUAAUUCCUUGUUGUACUGGUUCUAUAGUUAGUUAUGUUAAUAGUCAUUAUGAUGAUUCAGUAUGUACAAGAGCAAUUCUAGAUGUAGGAUAUUAUCAUACGAGUAUUGUAAUCUUUAAUUCUCAUUUAUAUACUGCAGAAAUUAUUUCAAAAAAAUAUAAAAAUAUUGGUGGUUAUCAUUUUACUCAAAAAGUAAAAGACUACAUUAUCUUUAAAGCAAGUGAACAAGGUGUUUCUGAAAAUCAAAUUACUCCUUCUUGUUAA